AAAGAGGAAUUUUCUUUAACGAAAUAUUAUAAAAACCUACGCUUGUCCUUCAAUCAGCAAAGUUGUUGUCAGUAGAUGUACACUGAGGAGACCAAGGAUUAUGGACAGAUACAAGGGACCCAUCAGACUGGGUCAACCAUUUCUAGAUGAACCUGAGUCUGAUUGCCAGGUUGAUCGUGAAGAUCGCGAGGAAUACAAAAACGGACAAGUACCGAAAUCGUGCACCUUCGAAAACGACACCCAGUAUGAAGUGGAGAUAACUGAUAAGAAUGGGACUCGCGUCUUGAAGCCUGGUAAAUUAACAACAAACUGCAACAUCUCUAACUCCCACGAGAUUCUUAUCCUAAAGGUACCGAAGAAAGACGUGAAGAUCGACUUCCCCUCGAGCAGAUUUAAUAACUCCACGUACAAAAUCAGUCAUAUCUUUGCAAAUCAAAUGAAGAAGAAUUAAUUCAAGCAUCGGUGAACUGUGGUCAGUGCAUGUCACCAAGAAACAUUACUUUGACUAUUUAUAAUCACGAAUUAGUGAAAGAAAAGGCUUUUUUCAUUGUUGAUUUAUUGAAACCUCAAUGGGUGUGAUAUGUGCGAAUUAGUUAAAAAAGCAAGAGUGAAGAUUAAUUAACCUAUUUUUCUUAUUUCAUCCCAAUCACUUUCAUUAACCUUUUAAAUUAAUUAAACCCUAAGAGUGAUCAGCACCUUAUUUCUCCUUACAAUAAUACUGCUGAAUCACUGACUGAGAUCAUGAGAAUAAAGGAAAUGCCUGACAACCUAAGAAGCUUUGAUCUCCAUAUGAAUUCUCCUUGUCAGUACCAAAAGAAACAUGUAGAGAAGAGUAUGGAGAAUAUGGAAACUGAUGUUAGAGUGUAAAGGGUUAAACGAGUACCUUAAUGAAUAUAAUCGAUUUAGUG